GUUGUUGUUCAUAAAUACGCCACGCCGACUGGUGCUUCGAUUUAAUUCGCGCCGGCACUCGUACGGCUCGGCGCGUUGCCAGGACUCUCGGUGAAUCUGUUCAAUUGCAGACUGUCUAGCUAAACGUAUUUAGGUAUUUUAGUACGUUGCUGAUUGUCAGCAAGCUUGUCUACCAGUUAUUGUGUAUUCUGUCUAGCGCGUUCGUUUACUAACGGCACAGUCCAAAGCAGUAGUAAACAAAUGACUUCGUGGCCUAUAUAACUGGCAAAAUCAAUAAGUUAAUAUUUAUUUUAAUGUGCCUCUUCAUUUAUAUUAGCGAUUUCUGCGGGAAAAGCUGUUAAACGGUGUUAAGGAUAUAAAAUAAUUUAUAGAAAAACAAAAAUUAAAAAUAUAGACUGGAAAAAAUGCUGGCUUUAUGGAUUCGCCAGCACGCGCCGUCUGCCGUGGAUCAACAAUGAACUGAAUUUAUCUAUUACGUGUUUAGGCUUCUUAGCCUUGUAAAUAUUUGAUAGCCCGCGUUGCUCUCGAUUUUCUGUCUGCUUGCGACCCUACUUUUACUUUCGUGCGUGUCGUUUGCGUAUAAUCGAAUUUAGCGCCGGUAUUAUAAAAUGUGUUGAAAACGUCUAAGUUUCGCUAUUACUUUUGGCUAAUGGGAAGUGCUUUAUUUUUAUUUUUUACUAUUGUGAUACUUUGAAUCAGAUAUGCACUUUGGACCUGCGAUAUGGACGCGACAUAUGAGAAUCACCGCAUUUGGACAACAAACAACGGCUUCGUGCGAAAUAAUGCGCGGCCAGCAACAGGUAACCUUAGUAUACACAGCACUGGCUCAGCUGCAGGCGAUAUAUCCUAUUUACCGGGUGCUAAUGGCUCCACCACCGCGUUAGGCAAGCGACCGCCUCACGGUGCCACGUUCGUCGGCGUGCAAUCAAAGUUUCGACGAAAAUAUUACCAGAAGACUUUGUUUGGUUUGCUAAUACUUUUGAUAAUAAUUUUAAUUAUAGCUAUAAUAGUCGUAUGUAUAAGGCGCCGUACACAACCUGAAAUGUGUCGCAGCAAAGAGUGUCUCCGCACAGCGGCUGGCCUCAUUUACUCAAUGGACGAAGAGACUGAUCCUUGUGAGGACUUUUAUAAAUUUACCUGUGGUCGUUGGGCGGACGAUCAUCCCAAACCCGAUUCGGCCACAUCAAAUGACUGGUUUCGUGAGCGUCAAGCAAAAAUUAUGCGCACGCUACGUUCCUUCCUGCAAACGAAUAUUAGCGAGGAGGAACCCCUCGCUGUGCGGAAGACGAAAAUAAUGUAUCGCGCUUGCAUGGAUACGGAAUUAUUGGAUAAGCGUGAGCUAGAGCCGCUGAUAUAUUUUCUCCGGAAGUUUGAGUUACCACUUUUGCUGAGCGGUUUCAAUGUGACAUUGCCAGAGGAGGUGAUGCGAAAGUAUGGCGAAGAAGCGAAAUUUAAUUGGUUGCGCAGUUUAGUUCUCAUUAAAAAGAACUUAGGCAUGGAUUUAGUAGUGGGGUUCGAUAUAUUCCCUGAUCCGGUAAAUCGUACAAUUAAUCGUAUAGCUUUGGGCACGCCCGAAACUGAUUCUUCAUUGCCUUUCAACAAAGAUGACAUGCAUAAAUUGUUAAAUAAAAUCAAACGGAAAACAAUAGCCAAUCACGAGGAGGAUGAUGAAGACAGUGAAGAGCUGGAGGAUGAUAUAGAAGAAUCUCAGAAGCAUACUACCUCCGGAUUGAUGACUUAUGUGGCCUAUAUCAAAAAAAUGGUUGAAUUAUAUGUGUUGUACUUAAAUCCUGACGCGAAGGUGGAAUCGAUUGAUGACACGAUAGGCGAGAUGGCUAUUCAAGCUGUGAAGUUCGCGAAAAAAUUGUACCGGUUGAAAGAUGACGCUGAAAACUUGACAAAAAUUCUGACGAACCCCAUUGAGGACAUAGUUUACAUAUCCGUCGCGGAUUUGCAAAAUCGCACCAACAAACUAACUGCCCCAACAACAAUACUUAACUGGGAGACAUAUUUGCAGGUGAUGAUGGACGACGCCAACCAUUCACAAAACUUUAACCUUAGCGAGUUGACUAUCAUAACCAGUAAUGCGGAUAUCGUCUACCUGCAAAACCUCGUUGAGUAUCUAGCAGAUGCGCCGUCGACAAAUAUUGAGUUCUACAUCUGGCUAAGUGUCGUCGAGGAAUUGAUAUUGCACACUACCAGCGAGAUGCGGCUGCUGCACUCCGAAUAUAUGCGUCUAAUUGUGGGCACCGAAAGCAGUUCACCUCGUUCGCUGUAUUGCGCGCAUGGCGUUAAUAGCUUGAUGGGCAUGGCUGUGAGCUAUGUCCUGGCUGAUGAUGAAUUCGUACACCACAAGCUGCCCAAGGUGGAGCGUAUGUUAAGUGAUAUCAGACAUGCUUUCGAUAUGCUGGUGCGCCGCACCUCUUGGAUGGAUGAGGAGACCAAAGAGGAGACACUACAGAAAUCGGAAUCUAUGAAAAGUUUCAUUGGCUUUCCGGAGUGGUUGCGUAAUGCAACGGCGCUGAAUGCACACUAUGCGGGCGUUCAGGUGAAUGCGAGUACACACUUGGAGAAUAUGAUUGGCGUGCUGCGUUGGGAGAUGCAGAAUAAAUUGGAUAAUCUCUAUAGACCAGAACCGUUCGGUUGGGCAACGGCACCAUCGAAUGUAAACGCCUUUCACACUUUCCAAUCGAACACGAUAACUAUACCCAUUGCAAUUUUGCAAUAUCCUUUCUAUGACCUCGGCAUGGAAGCGCUGAAUUAUGGCUCAGUCGGCACAAUUUUGGGACACGAAUUGACACAUGGAUUUGACGACAGUGGACGAAUGUUCGACAAGAAUGGCAACAUGCUGCAAUGGUGGUCGAAUGAGACGAUCAAAGAAUAUAUCAAUCGCACUGAAUGCUUUGUGGAGCAAUACAGUCGCUACUAUCUGCCCGAUGUUGAAGAAUAUAUCGACGGUGAGCUAACGUUGGGUGAAAAUAUUGCUGAUAACGGUGGUAUGCGUGAAGCCUUUCACGCUUAUCGUAUGUACGUGAAAGAAAACGGCGCUGAGCGGCUGAAAUUGCCUGGUUUGGAGAAAUACUCGAAUGAGCAGCUAUUUUUCAUUUCAUUCGGAAAUCUGUGGUGUGAAACGUAUACGCCGGCGGCUUCACGCUAUGCACUCGAGGACUCUCAUUGUCCCGGAAAGAUACGAUUAAAGGGUGUACUCUCCAAUUCUGAGGAGUUUGCGCAAACUUUCAAGUGUAAGCGGGACACACCUAUGAAUCCGAAAGAGAAGUGUCGUCUCUGGUGAGUGGUGAUAAUGGAUACAGGCGGUGAAGGAGUCAUAUUUAUAAUAGGAAAUAUAAUCAAAUAAUACGUAAUUAAAAAUAUAUUUUUAAUAUAUAUCUGUUAUAGGUAAUACGUGUUUGCUCAAAUUUGAACUUUUUAAUACGAGUAAUAUCAAUAUGAAUGAAAGGCAAUUAGUUGGUCUUUACAUUAUGGUAUAUUAAGAUGAUUUCCGAAUCAAGGUGAUUUUUUUACAAAUAUAUAUAAUAAGAUUUAUAACCCUCUCGUAUGUGAUUGCUUGUUAAAAUGUUCGCUGUGUGAUUUAUAUAGUUUUGAAUAAAGAACUCCUUCUAUUAAUAUAAAUACUAAAGCUGUCUUCGAUUCAAGAAACCUUGGAAAGCAGCGAAGCGAAAAAACUAUGGCAAUUGCUUAAACAAACUUAUAGUACGUGCAACCUCGCGCUCACAUGUCCUUUGGCACAAGCGUUGUAUAGAGAAAUGUUCCUUUUCGCGCCAAAAUCAUUUUAGUAAUCUCUUACUUGUAGUUUAGGGUAGAUGCCAUGCUUUACGUUUUCUACCAAAAUUAUAAAUUAUUCCAAGUAGCGUUGAAUUUAGCGGGUAUACCAAUUUUGUGUGUACUCUCUUUUAUCAAUACACUUUUUUAACUUUAUAGUUGAAUUCACCUCUCUAAAUUUUGAUAAGAGAGUAGCGCUCAAAGACAGCGAGCAGUAAAAUGGCGAAUCGAAGACGGCUUAUAUAAACUUGUACGGACUUAACGGUUACGAUAGCAUGUAAUACGCACGCAUUAGUACCUAAUUAAUGACAUAUUGACCCUACGAGUACUUACUUAUGAAUCUUUUAUAUUAAACAUUGUAAAUAAAAUAAAAACAUUUUCCACACCAAAAAAAUUGUUAAACCUUCUUAUAAUAUAGCACAUUAUAUAA